AUGCGGCGGACCCGACACUCCCCCCCCCUUCCGCUCCUUUACUUUCCUGAUUUGGCCUUGUCUGUGUACAUGUAUGAUGUACCUGUCAAAGCUGUCUUAGCCAUGUCACGUGCAGAAGUGCGUAAAGGCUCGCAUGCCUACAUUCAACAGCGUCAGUAUUUUUCCGCAAAAUGGUGCCGCGUGCACGGCAAGUGGCCGCGUCUCCAACGAUCGCUGAGAACGGCGACAAAGGAGAAAUGGGGGACGCAUUGGGGCAGUCGCCUCCUGAAGGGCGGUGGCGGCGAGUGUGUGGGUGCUACACAUUCGCCCCCACCGAUGUGUUUCCUCGAGACGCCAUGCAUGUCUCUCCCUCUACCCACCCCUCUUUUCUCUCCACCUUCCACUUCCUCACCGCCACACACACACACACGGAUGCCCAUACAUGGGCAGCUUCCUUACCCGUCAGCUGAUAUUUAUCCCCACCGCAUGCCGCCGACGCCAUGGGAGCAGCAACUGACGGGGAGCAGCACGUCGCACCGACGACCUGCACCGGGGGAAAGGGGUAGCACUUUUUCCGACUUCGAGUACCACCAGCAAAAGCGCGGCGGACACAACGAGGCGGCCGGUGCGUCAUACUCACGGCAUGCCGAUGAACAGCGACGCGGUUCUGCGGCAUCGCGACGACGGUGGUCCUUCAUCUUGCAGGACAUCCCGGGCGCCGUUCAAGGCAUGUUGAAUGACGUGAGCAAGGGUUACGUAACCCGCGUGGCCGCCGUGGUCGCUACGACGUUUGGCGUGAGCUACGCGGUGUACAAGCUUGUAUUGCAGCCCAGGCAGCUGCGCCGGCCGCUGGCGAAGCGGUGGAGCUGGUGUGCACCGCCGGUGCCGAUCACGCUGGUGGAGAAGAACAGGGAGAAGGACAGCAACAUGCUUGUAUACCGCUUUGCCCUGCCAAACAGCUACGACUACGCCGGCUAUGAGCCAGUCAGCUCUGUUCGGAUGAUGAGCGGGCAUGUGCGCGAGCUCUCUUCGCUCUCCCGGUGGUACACCCCGAUCAGUCACCCUGACGAACGGGGCUUCAUCGAGUUUGCCAUCAAGGACUGUGACCCCGGACGCAUGUCAGCUCGUCUACGCUACCUCGAGCCGGGCGACAUUGUUUACCUUGGGCGAUGGAUGCGGGAGUUCCCAUACAAGGCGAACACGUUCAAAGAGCUCGGCGUGUUGUGCACCACUUCUGGCGCCUCCGUGGCGUUGCAGCUCAUGAACAUAAUAGACAAGAACAAGGCGGAUGACACCAAGCUAUCCCUCCUCUACUGCCACCACACCGCUGCCGACAUCCCCUUCAGGGACACCCUCUUCAGGACGUAUGAGGCACACAACAAAGGCCGCAUUCAAGUCUCGUACAACGUGUUGGCCGGCGGACGGCGAAGGGGAAGUGCUACACCGAUCGAACAGAACAUGUAUGUGGGCAACAUCGAUCCCGAAACGAUCGCAGCAGCGCUGCCGCCGCCGGUGCGCGCUGUGGAAGUCGGCGCAGGAGGUGGCAGUGACACUGUGCCGCAGCUCGUGACGUACCGCCCUCGGCUGCUCAUCUGUGCGCCACAGUCGAUGCUGACAGUCAUGUGCGGUCGUGUCAGCUCUGUCGGCAACUACACGUACUGGCAAGGGCCCUUCUAUCGCUACUCCGGCUUCCUCAAGGACAUGGGCUACACCUCCUCUCAAGUGUACAAGUUCGGUGUUUCAACGCACUUCCUUGCUGAUCAUUGA